AUGGGUGGUGGUGCUCAUGCUUUGAAGAGAAUUCCUCGCAUCAAGUUCCCCAACAGACACCUAAAAUCCUCUGGUUCUGCCUCUGAGGGUCAAGCUUUGUCUUCGACAGGCGAUGGAAGUUUAUCAUUCUUUUCAAGUUCAAAUGCUUCGACAACAUUAGGAGGAAAGGCCUCUCUUCAGCCCAAAAGAACCCCGGUCACCAAUGAGGAGAUUGAGGCAGUUUUGUUGGGCGGCUGCUUCUAA